AUGUCUGACAGCGAUUCUGACCUUAUCCUGCUCACCAGUUUCUAUUGCCCUGAAUGCAAGCAGGCUUUCCGAUCUCCUGGUGGUCUUACUCGCCAUAAAAAUAUCAAACACCCAGUCAUUUCAUUCGGACCCCAGAUUGGUGGAGGAGGAGGUGAACAUCAUUUUGAGACACACCAGCACUUCCGUGCAGAUCAUUACAACAUACAUAGUCGUCCUGUACCUGCAGAUAAGAGCCCUGAGUCCAUUCCUGAACCUCCUAUCCAUCUUCCAGAAGCAUGGUACCCAUUUGACAAGCGAUCAACCUUUGAUUGGUCACACUUCUUUUACAUUGAACUCAAAGCAUCAAAUGGAAAAAUCAACAAAGCUUUAGAUAUCCUUCAGGCUCAACUUCUUGAAGUCGGAGGUGGUCAGACUCCAUUUAGGAAUACAAAGGAUCUUUAUGCAGCAAUCGACUCAAUCCGAGAGGAGAAUACCCCAUGGAUCACUUACAAUGUGAAGUACACUGGUGAGCUGCCAGACAACCCACCCCUUUGGAUGACGGAAGUUUACAAAUUCUGUGUCCAUGACACAUUGAAUGUUCUAAUUGAGCAACUCAAGACCAAAGCCUUUAGGGACCAGUUCAACUACACUCCUUAUCAGGAAUGGAAUACUCGAAAUGAGAGAAUUUAUUCCAAUCUGCUCUCUGGAGAUUGGAUAUGGGAUACAGCCGAUGAAAUUUCCAGAGAUCCAGAGCUCUCAAGAAUAACAAAUGGUGCAAUGUUGGUCCCCAUCAUCUUGGGGAGUGACAAAACAACAGUCUCUGUGGAUACUGGACAUCAAGAAUACCACCCUGCCUACAUUUCUCCCGGAAACCUAACAAACAUAGCAUGGAGAGCACAUGGCAACAGUGUUCUUCCCUUCAUGUUUUUUGCUAUUCCUCGAAGUUUCAAAUCAAAAUGA